AUGACAGGAACUCAGUCGCUACCGCCCCCCGAGCUUCCUCAGCUCGUCGCCGAGCAGCAUGCCUCCAUUCCGGUCACCGACAAGGACUCGAAGCGCCUGAUCGUUGUCCUGUCCCACGCCAGCCUCGAGACCUACAAGUCCUCUCACACCCGUACAGGUCACAUGGGCGUCCAGCGUGAGGAGAAGUACUCACUGCUCAAUAGCGACGAGCACAUAGGGAUCAUGCGCAAGAUGAAUAGGGACAUCAGCGAGGCGAGACCUGACAUCACUCAUCAGUGUCUCCUCACCCUCCUUGAUUCGCCCAUCAACAAGGCCGGUAGAUUACAGAUCUACAUCUCCACCGCCAAGGGCGUUCUGAUCGAGGUCUCCCCCUCCGUGCGCAUUCCCCGCACCUUCAAGCGCUUUGCCGGUCUCAUGGUCCAGCUUCUCCACCGUCUGUCCAUCAAGUCAACAAACUCCCAGGAGAAGCUCCUCCGCGUCAUCAACAACCCGAUCACCGACCACCUUCCUCCAAAGUGUCGCAAGGUCACCCUCAGCUUCGAAGCCCCCCUCGUACGCGUACGUAGCUACAUCGAUCAGCUUGACAAGGACGAGAGCAUAUGUGUAUUUGUGGGCGCAAUGGCUAAGGGCCCUGACAACUUCGCCGACCCUUAUGUCGACGAGAAGAUUUCCAUCAGCAACUUCAGCCUUUCGGCCAGCGUCGCAUGCAGCAAGUUCUGUCAUGCCGCCGAGGAUGCUUGGGAUGUCCUCUAG